UCCGGGGCGUGGAAUGCGGGGGGCGCGGGCAAGCUGCCCCUCGCCCGCCGCCGCAGUUGCCCCGCGGGGUGAUUGGUGCUUUCACUGCGUGCUCGGGGGGCCCAGCACAGCUCCCUCCUCCGCUGCUGGCGGGGACUGAGGUUCCCCUCCCACUGGGCCUGGAGCUCCGCCCUCGUCGGGCCAGUGGGCGGGGCCCUCGCAACCGCACGCCACGUGGGCGGGGAGCCGGUAGGCGUGGUCUCCGCGAACGCCCGCCCGCUGGGGGGCGCUCCGGGUUCUCGCCGGCACCUCUCUAUGGCGGAAGGGGCGGGACCACCGGGGUAGCCGCCGCGAUGGAGCCGCUGGCCGGGUUGGAGGCUCUUCGAGGCCGCCGCCAAGAUCCCCGCAGCCUCUCGCCCGGCGACUCGGCGCUGCCCUGGGGGCGCCUGUCGGCGUGGCUGGAGUGCGUCUGCGCCGUGACCUUCGACCUCGAGCUGGGGCAGGCCUUGGAGCUCGUAUACCCCCCUGACUGCGCCUUCACGGAAAAAGAGAAAACAAACAUCUGUUAUUUGUCCUUCCCAGACUCUUACUCAGGUAGCCUUGGAGACACUCAGUUCAGCUUUCGCUUCCGUCAGUCUGGGAGGCAGCAAAGUGCUUUCUUUGGGGAUGACUUUGAAUAUAACAGGGAAGCUGCAGUAUCGUUACAGCGGGAGCCUGCUCACUACUUUGGCUACGUGUAUUUCCGACAAGUCAAGGACAGCUCUGUAAAAAGAGGCUAUUUCCAAAAGUCUCUCGUCUUGGUCUCUCGCCUCCCAUAUGUGAACCUCUUCCAGGCUUUGCUGCAACUCAUUGCCCCCGAGUACUUUGAUAAACUGGACCCAUGCCUGGAGGCAGUGUGCAGCGAGAUUGAUCAGUGGCCCCCUCCUGCUCCUGGCCAGAUGCUGAACCUCCCAGUCAUGGGCAUCGUCAUUCAGGUCAGGAUUCCCUCCCAGGUGGACAAGCCUGGCUCCACCCCCAUCAAGCCACUGAAUCAGGAGAACCUCUUGCCAGCCCCCCUAAUUCUCCCCAGCGUGUACGAGCUGGACCUCUUCAGGUGUUUCCAGCCGGUGCUGAUCCACCUGCAGAUGCUGUGGGAACUGAUGCUGCUUGGGGAGCCCUUUGUCGUUAUGGCCCCAUCACCCGCCGUCUCCUCCGAGAUGGUUCUAGCCCUGACUAGGUGCCUGGCUCCCCUGAAGUUCUGCUGCGACUACCGUCCCUACUUCACCAUCCACGACAGUGAAUUCAAAGAGUACACGACACGGACCCAGGCCCCGCCAAACGUUGUCCUGGGAGUCACAAACCCCUUUUUUAUCAAGACUCUGCAGCACUGGCCCCACAUCCUGCGUCUCGGGGACCUCAAGAUGUCUGGAGAUUUGCCAAAGCAGGUCAAGGUGAAGAAACUCACCAAGCUGAAAACACUGGAUGCCAAGCCAGGACUUUACACGUCGUACAAGACAUUUUUGCACAAGGACAAGGCCCUGAUCAAGAGACUCCUAAAGGGCAUCCAUAAGAAGCGUUCCUCUGAUAUCCAGAGUGCCUUCCUGCGGCGCCACCUCUUGGAGCUGACUCAGAGUUUCAUUAUCCCUCUGGAACACUACCUGGCCAGCCUCAUGCCUCUGCAGAGGGCCAUCACUCCAUGGAAGAAUCCCCCUCGGAUCCGCCCUUUCCAUCAGGAGGACUUCCUCAAGACCCUUGAGCAAACUGGGCCCCAGCUCACUUGUGUGCUGAAGGGAGACUGGAUGGGCCUAUACAGGCGAUUCUUCCGAUCACCCAACUUUGAUGGCUGGUACCGGCAGAGGCAGAGGGACAUGAUGCACAAGCUGGAGGCACUGCACUUGGAGGCCAUCUGUGAGGCGAACAUCUGGGCUUGGAUGAAGGACAAGUCUGAGGUGGAAGUGGUUGACCUGGUGCUGAAGCUCCGUGAGAAGCUGGUGCGCACCAGGUGCCAUCGUCUCCCAGUGAAGGAGGAAACAUUGCAGCGCGUGAGCCAGUACAUCACCACCAUCAUUGGGACACUGCCAGAGGAUCUCCAGGCCAUUCUGUGCCACCAGUAGGCAGCCUGUGCCAGCAGAGCCGUCGGGAGGCAGUUGCCAGGCUUGGGCCCGUGGGGUUCAGAGUUGGGGGACACUCCGGUCUUUCUUCCCCACAGAGACUCUUCUGCCCUUCUCACUGGGCCAGUGGUGUCCUUUCGCAGGGCGGCUUCAGACCUCUGUCACGGCCUGCGCACAGGAGUUGUCGCCUCUGCAUCUCCACCGUGCGGGAAGGGGAGAAACGCUUACACAAGGCGCAGAGCAGUGCUGUCACACACGGGUGCUGCCAGGACUGGAAUCGUCUCCUUUGUGGUCCUCUAUGGAGGGAGAGUGGCAUCUCCUCUCUUCCAAAACACCCAGUAUUCCUUCAGUCUCUGUGUGUGCGUGUGUGCUUUGUAUGGGUAUGCCUGCUGUGCAGUGACUGUUUGUUCCCAAGACAAAAGAGUAAAUGCUGAUUUUUAGAA